UUGUUGAAGAUCUUCUCAGGGAGUGACCCUGGUGGGAUGGAUCAGAUUCUGUAUGAGAUGAGGUCCAAAGCCUUAUGCCGUCUUCAGUCCUACUGGCUGCCCCAGUACCUCUGCUCCUGUAAGCUCUCCAUCACCAAACUGAAAGAGUGUGCCUCCAUCGUCAAAGAGUACGAGGACAUUGCCUCUAACCUCACCCUGGUAGAGAACCCGGCUUUGCUUGACCCACUGGGGUGGAGUUUGGGCUCGCCACCAUCAGAGGGCCCUACAGUGACCCGGACCUACUGCUCCAAAGUCAGGAAGAGGCUGCUGUGGAGGGCCCAUCAGAGGCCUGGGACAGGACUUAGGGUUGGGGCAGCAGGGAUGCCUGAUGGGCCGGCCAUGCAGCAGUGGUUGCCCAUGGCCGAGGACGGAGACCAGGGAGAGUGUACCAAUAUAGUGCACUACAUGAGCAGGCAUGGGGAGGAAAUUGUGGUUGGUGGUGACAAGACGCAUGGGGGCAAUGGCAAAAGGGUGGGCAGAAGCAAGAGAGGAGGAAGUGGGAGCUCAAAGAGAAGUACCAGUACUCCUCUCCUCAGAAAGGUGAGCUCUGCUAGUCUUGGGCCCAGAACUGGCCCCCUCCCUGUGCCCAUACUCCCAUCCAAGAGCCUGUCCAGUCUGGACAGCAGCAGCACUGACCCCAUCAUCCCCCCUCACGCCUGUAUGGAAACACCCAUCUGCCACCUUCCCUCCAUCACCACCACCCCUGUCACCCCUACUCCCGCUCCUCCUUCCAGACCGGUCUGGGGAACACCACACUACGAUGAGCACCUCUCCCUGGCCCUGUCCGCUGAUGCUCUUGCUGGGGGUCCCUAUGAGAAUUUCCUGAGGGUCAGUGGCCAGGGGGUCAUGUUGCACCACCUGGGACUGUGGCAGGAGCUGGAUGGCUUCCUCAACCUCCUGCUCAAGAUGGAAGAUGGCCCCUCCAAGGCUCUGAGACAGGUGCUGGCUAGAAAGAUCAUGGCUGUGUACUUGAGUGAUGCGUGGCAGUGUGUUAGUCGCCCUGAGGGUGAGUGGUGCACCACCUACCUGACCAAAUCCACCGUCUGCCACCUCAUAAACCUCCUCCCCUCUGGCAAUGUGAUGCCCUGGAUCUACACGGCCAAGCAGGAAUUAUGCCAGAUUCUGGGUCCCACCUACAAUGCAUUUCUGGAUGAAGAAGACAAAGAGUUUCUCUUCUAUCUGUUCACUCAGAAUGAGGUCAAGGGGAAAGUGAUUCAUAGAGCUACAGCGCCCUCCAGUGCUCUCACUGCGCCAGAGCAGCAGGUGAGGAGGAUGAGGGAGGCUCUGGCCCUCUGUCAGGCCUGCGCUGAGCCUCUCACUGAGGAGACCUGGGCCCUGCUGCCCCUAGAGGACGUCAGGACAGGAGGCUCUGUUCACCUGCACUACCGAAAGACCAAUCUUUAUGACCUUCCGUUUGAAACCCUGGCUGAGAAGUACCCCAAGGUGGCUGUGGAGGCAAUCAGUAAAACUCACAGACUCUACUAUGACUGGAAGCCAGUACAAGAGGAGACAAAGAAGCCAGUGGUGACAUCCAGUCCUAAGAAGUCAUUCCACCUGAUGAAGGACAAGGACCACAGCUUUGCCGAAAAACCAUCCAUGAGACCAAGGUUUUUAGAGGAGGUGAUGAGAAGUCCCACCAACCUGGACUUCUUCAAGCGUUACCUAAGGGCCUAUGAUGCUCACGGAGCUCUAAACUUCUACCACGAGGUGGAAAAACUGCGGCACGUCGACAGCCUCCUCCAGAAGACCAAGAUCAACAGCAUCGUGUCCCGCUUCCUCAGACGAGCAGACGCUAGUAACUACACUGAAUAGAUUAUAAUAUACUAAUUUGUCCUCUAUAAAGGAAACUAUUUCCCUGCCUUAUAGGUUCAUGAAUAAUUAGAUUGACUUUGUUUCAGAUAUACAGUAGGCAAUGUUAAGUCACUAUAUGCAUCACACUCGGCGCUCAACUUAAAUCAAAGCCACACUCUCCUGUACAGUAUGUGCGCUCGAGUUAGCCUAGUUAUGAUAUGCGCAUACCAUAGUAGUUAGCCUACUCUUUUGAAACAUGUGUAGCCAGCCUGGUCUACUAGAUUAGAUGUAACAAAGUAUAUGUAAAUCCGUGACACUCAAAUUAGUAUGAUUUGUUAUGUUUGGUAUGGUUACAUAAGACAGAAGGUUACUUAAGGCAAAAACUAAGGUUGCGUGUUCGAAUCUCAUCACAGACAACUUUACCAUUUUAGCUAAUUACAAAUUUUGCAAUUACUUUUUAGCCACUUUGCAACAACUUAGCAUGUUAGCUAACCUUUGCUUAACCAUUUAACCUAACUCCUAACCUUAACCCUAGCUAGCAUAAGCCACUUAGCUAACGUUAGCCACAACAAAUUGGUAUUUGUGACGUAUAUACAAGUUUUGCAAAUUUGUAACAUAUUGUACGAAUUGCAAUUCGUAAAAUAUACUAAUUGGAGUGUCCAGCAUUUAUGUUAACUAUGUUACGCCUUCCCCUAAGUCCAGGUUAGUGUAGCCUACAACUGCUCAAUACUCUUCAUUGCCAAAAACAGUUAACCCACUGUUUUUAAACAAGUGUAGCCAACAACAGCUAAAUACUCUUUAUUGCCAACAAGUUUUCCAGUUAUCUGUGUAGCUCCAGUGAAAUUAUUUUCUUUCAGUUUGUGCAUUUAUUUUUGUGUUUGUCACGUGGUUGUUGCUGCUUCACUGAGCUCCACUCUUACACAUCCUCUCUGCGUACACCCUCAUUUGAUUCAGAAGCAUGCAACCCCUUUUCCCAAGGGCUCUGUCAUUUUGUCAAUUUAUUAUUUGUUUAAUGAGAUCUCUUUGAUUGAAAAAUGCCUGUGAAUAUGACGUGGUGUUAUGCUAGUCUACUUCUGCACAUUUGUGUCGUCUUCAGCUUGUAAAUUAGGUUUCAACCAGUUAAUUGGUUAUGUGCACCCCUGCUUGAGGAUGCAAUGGUUUUGCACAGGGAUUGGGCUCAGGGUAUUUCUACCUGGCUUUACCAGUGAUCUGUAUGCUCUGAAGGGGAGAAUAUCUGUAUGUGGUUAGGCUGCAUUUUGUCUUGACAGUGCCCAUAGCCUGUUUCCUACCAACCAAAUCCUCAUUUAGUAGGCCUAUAUUGAGUUUGUAAGGGGAAAGCAUAUGACUGUCCACAUUGCUUGUUUUUGUAGGCUAAGUGCUUGUGAAUAUUUUUGGGGACAUUAUUAUGUAGGUCUACCUCUGCUACCACUUCUACCAUUUUGUUAAUAAA